AUGGCGGACAUGUCAUCUAUGUCGCCAGAAAUGAGACAGCUUUAUUUGGUCAAGUAAGUUAUGCAUUAUCUGGGUUGUUUCUAUAUUAUAACCUGAUAAUCAGCAACUAACUUACAUUAAAUUUCUUGAAGUAAGUUUUCCUCCUCCAUUGAACUCGUAGAUUUUCAAGUUUUCACCAUUUCGCACGCAUCCUCACAGCCUUCUAGGAAAGUUAUCCAGACCAUUAUUUCUGGGUGCGAACAAGGCGAAAACAGUGCGAAAAAUGCGAACUUUUAAAGGGGUACCCAAAUAACCUUUUAACAUCGAAACAACACAGUUUGGUAAAAAUUCAGUGUUAUUCGUGGUUCAUGGAACUUCUUAUCUAUCUAAAAGGCACAUUUAUCCCAUAUUUUAUUUACAAAUUCAGGAGAAAGAGGAUUGGUGUACUUGCAACACAAAGAUGGGGAAAGAGUUUGCCAAAGUUCAACUCACCAGAAACAAAAAAACAGUUGGCAGAAUUCGCUACAGAAAUUACUCCUGAAUGUGGGAUACCCGAAAUCCAUUUUGGUGAAGACGGUAUUGCGAGACACAUUCAGACUUACUUCAGUGAACAACGCCGUUACCAAAAGAAUAAAAAAACUCAAACACCCUGCAAGGUUUGUUACAUUUAUUUUUUCAGUACACAGAUGCAGAUUGACUAGAGUGUCAAUAUGUUUUCUUUUCGUUAACAGUAGGUAAUGUGAGAACUGAACUGUUGUCAAAGCAAAUUAAAGAUAAUAAGUUUAACUGUAAAAAAAGACUUACUCAUGUUUGAGUUUAAUUUUGAGCUUGCCACGGGGGUUUUAAAUUGUACUUGCUUCUCUUAUUCCCUUGUGUAAGUUUACAGUUAAUUUGAAUUUCCUUUCAUGAGUUAGAUUGUUUUGUAAUAUUGCUUUAAUGACAUAACUAAAACAUAUCAAGUGAAACGGCAUGACCAACAGACCCUGUUUUAUCUACACAAUUUCAGACUGAAACUGAGUUGAAGGAGAAAAGAAAGAGGCAAAAGGUGGAAGAUGUAUGUAUCUCUUACCAAUGUUAUCACUUGUUUUUGAAUAAUAUGUUCUAUAUCGUUAAGCAUGUGAUUAUGGCCAAAAAGAUAAUUCAAUGUCUGCUUUUCCUCUGAAUGUUUUCUUAGUAUUUUCCCAGGCUUGACAAGAUCUCCAGUGCCAGGGGCAAAUAAAGUUCCCUUAUCUAGCUUUAGUGUAAAGUACCUUUUAGGUAUUUUUCAAAUUUGUAUUUGAAAUUUUUAUUAAUUUCAGUCUGAAUUGGAGUUUGUGGUGAAGAAAAUCAAGAAGCAAAAAGUGGAGCAAGUAUGUAUCUGAUAGGCCACCCCUUAAGUUUAAAAUAUAGGAAAGUGUUACAAGAUAAUCUGUGCUGGCUAUUCAUGCCCACUUAUAAAAGCAACUGGGAACUGAAAGCUAUCCAAAGAAGUUCAACCCUCAUGGCCAGACGUUUCCAUGUGAACCAUGAAAAUUUCAUGAAAACUGGGAGAACCUGUUGAUAUGAUUUGGAAGACGGUUGCUGCAAAGAGUUCAGUUACAGGGACACUUCACUUAUCAUUUCUUUGUUAACUGUUUCUUUUUGUAGUGUGCAAGUGGAGAAGUGACUCCAAGUAGUGCAGGCUCAUCCGCAGAUGAUAGUUCUGUUGACGGUGGUGAUACUGAAUCUGUCCAUGAGGAUGAAAACAGUGCAAGUGAUCAUGAAUCGCCCCCGUCCACUCAAGCUAACUCAAAAGUUGCAAGUGUGGAAGAAGAGGCUUGGCAAUCAAACCUGGCUUUGAACCAAGCCAUUGUAAAGGGUGUGAUUGGUAAACUUUUAAAGAGAGAUGAUAUUACGCAUGUCCUUAAAAAAAAGUUUGCUGUGCAGCAAAAGAUGAUAACUAAUUUAAAGCCAACAGAGCUACUGAAUGUAUUAGCUAGAAAAUUGGUACGCCAUAAUUAUUGCAAAUUAAAAGGAGAAGGGAAGAAUAAGGAAGAUAUAAUUGUACUCAAAGAAAUUUCUUUUUUUUGAACUGCUGAGGCCUUGAAAAAUACAGUCCAAGUUGUGUUGAUUCUAACAUUGAUAAUCUUGUUUCUGUUUGAACCUGUCAAAUUUAUAACGUUUGAUGAAAGUGAUUUUUAGAUGAUUUUGACCACUUUGUAUUUGUUAAAACAUAUAGGGCAUUAAAUGAAGGCUCUGACAUGUACAUUUAUAAGAUAUAAGAAGGCCAAGCUAAAAUAAUAUUAGAAAUUUAAAAUUGAUGUACUUGGUUAUAAAAAAUAAAUGUGAAUCAGUUCUUGUUACCAUGCAUUGUUGCAGAAUGAUCAACUACAGCAUUAUUAGGGUAAAGGGCAAAGAAUGCAUAUGGCCAGGAACGUGAGAACCCAUUUAAGGGGAAGUAAAAAGCAACAUCGGAGAAAUAACUGGGAUGUUAAAACCUAUGUAAGGGAAAAUGCUGGGACAUUAAAUCCCAAUGAAAGUGAAAUUAAUGGGAAAUUGAUAUCCCGUAAAUUUCCCUUUUCAGGAAAAUUGAUGGAACAUUAAAACCCCAUGCCAGGGAAAUCAGAGGGAUAUUAAAAUCCCAAGCAAAGGAAUUUAUUGGGACAUUGAAAACCCAUGAAGGUGAAAUAAGUGUGACAUUAAAACCACAAUUACGGGAAGUUACUGGGAAAUUCAAUACCCAGAACAGGGAAAUUUAUGGCCCCUUAAUUUCCCAUGUCAGGAAAAAUGAUGGAACAUUAAAACCCCAUGUCAGGGAAAUCACAGGGACAUUAAAAUCCCAAGACAAGGAAUUUAUUGGGACAUUGAAAACCCAUGCAAGUGAAAUAAGUGGGACAUUCAAUACCCAAGUUACGGAAAAUACUGGGACAUUAAAUUCCCAUGUUUGGUAA